GGAUGGGAAGCCGGCGGGGGCUCCUCCGCGGGUGGAGGGCCUCUGGGGACCCGCAGCCUUGGCUGCUCCGAGGCGCUUCGCGCAGCCGCGGCGGUCGCUCCCUUUUCGGGGGGUCUCGCUCGCUCUCGCUCUGCCCCCUUGGAAGGGGAGGAGGAGGAGGAGGAGGGGCGGGCGGACCCGCAGGAGCAGCCGCUGCGGCGAGCCGGCGGCGGAGGGAGGCCUGGGCUGCCUCGCCCCUCGCCCGCCUCCCUCCCUCCGCUUCGCCGGCCCCGUCCUCGCGCAGCGCCGCCUCCCCCCGCCGGGGGCUUUCCGGGAGCGCUGGGGCCGGAGCCGGCCAGGGCAGCCCAGCAUGCGGCGGCUCCGGAGGUUGGUGCAGCUGGUGGUUUUCUGCCCGCUCUCCAAAGGCCUGCAGAGCCGCCUUCCUGGCAUCAAAGUGAAGUACCUCUUCUUUGCCUGGCUGGGCAUUUUUGUGGGCAGCUGGAUGGUCUACAUGCAUUAUUCCUCCUACUCCGAGCUCUGCCGGGGACACGUCUGCCAAGCGAUCAUUUGCGAUCAAUACAACAAAGGCAUCAUUUCGGGAUCAAUGUGCAAAGACCUUUGUGAGGACCACACCUUGGUGUUUGAACACUGCUUGUCACCUUCUCCCACCCAGCAGGUCUACAGCGGCCUCUGGAAAGAGAAAGAGGUGAUUAUCAAAUGCGGCCUGGAAGAAGCCCUGAAGGCCGACAGCAACCCAGAUACAGACCCUAGGAGAGACGUGGUCCUCUUCAACAAGCCAACAAGGGGGACUUCCAUGGAUGAAUUCCGGGAGAUGCUUCUGAAUUUCUUGAAAGCUGGCCUUGGGGAUCAAGCCUCCCUCACCAAUUUGGUGAGCCAGAUUAUCGCCAUGGCCGACGUCAGUCGGGACGGGAAGCUUUCUUUGGCCGAAGCGAAAUCCAUCUGGGCCCUUCUGCAGCUGAACGACUUCCUGCUGACCUUCUCCCUGCACGAAAAGGAGCAUACCCCCAGGCUCUUGGGGCACUGCGGCGAUCUGUAUCUCACAGAGAAGAUCCACCACACCUCCCUUCACACCAUGGACUUUCCUCCCUUCCUGCAACCGCUGCUGCCUUCCGCCGUCCUCAGAGUCAUCCGCCAGUGGUUCUCCCCCGCUUGGCCCCGGCGAGCCAAAAUCGCCAUUGGACUUCUGGAAUUCGUGGAGGAGAUCUUCCAUGGGACUUACGGCAACUUCUACAUCUGCGAGGCCAGCUUCACCAACAUGGGCUACAAUAACAGAUACGACUUCAAAAUGGUGGACCUGAGGACAGUGGCCGCGGAGAUGACCAUCCAGAGGUUCCUUAAGGGCCGUCACUGCGAGCAAAAUACGGACUGCACCUACGGGAAGGACUGCGUGGCGCCGUGCGAUAAGCUCAUGAAGCAGUGCAAGAGCGACGUAGUCCAGCCCAACCUCGCCAAGGUGUGUCGGCUCUUGCUGGAGUACCUGCUGCACGGGGCCCCGAGUGACUUGAAGGAGGAGCUGCAGAAGCAGCUGAAAACGUGCACCACGCUCAGCGGGCUGGCCAGCCAAAUGGAGGUGCACCACUCGCUGGUGCUCAACAGCCUCAAGACUCUCUUGUGGAAGAAAAUUUCCAACACGCAAUAUUCCUAGAGGCCCCUGAGAAGCCCAAGGACAAGGCCGGGGGGGCGGCUCCCCUCUUCCCAACUCGGUCUAAGGCAGUGUUGGCGAACCUUUUCGGCACGGGGGAGCGCCAGAAACCAGAAGAGCAGCUCCCCAGCGCACGCGCACGGUGCAUCGGAAACCGGAAGAGCAGUCAUGCGCGCGCUGGGAAGCUGAGUUUCCGGUUUUCAGCGGGCGCAUGUGCACCAGUCACCUGGUCUUGUGGUUUCUGGCGUGCAUGCACGCAUGAAGACCCGGUGCGCCUGUGCAUGCUGGAAAUCGGAAGAGCAACGGGCGACGGUAGGCAUGCCCGGCAAGGUGGCUCUGCGCGCCACAGACGGGAGAGAACUUUGGAAUGGGAAGGGAUGAAAAAGAAAAGCAGUUUUUGUGGAACUGACAGGGAUCUCCAGGUGAGUGUAGCCGGGGUGAGGAGAGGACAAUUGUCUAUCUGAUGUAAAUAAAUGGUCUCUCUCUC